AGGAUUACCCUUUGUGCAUCUACUCCGUGCUGUCUGGUUAUUGCUUUAAAAAAAUAAGUCCUUAUCUGAAGAAUGCUUUAUACCUUGUGUCAAACAAAAGCUACUGGGAAAAAGAGUUUUGAAGGGUGGACAGAUCCCAGUGUUGGGAGUCUUGGCAGAGAUGCAUCUUAAGACUUUUAUUUAGCAACUCAAAGCCUGCUGCAGGAAUUGCUGAGUCUACCAAGCUGUGCAUUUUUACGAACUCUCACAGCAAUCAGCAAACGAGCCACAAACACCUCGAUGACUAGUUCUGUGGAGGUAUUCUGUUUCCCUUCUUGUUAAAACAUUUUAAGUUCAAGUUGUUUGGACUUUAAACAAAUUGUUUUCUGUUUAUAUUUGAUUUCCAGAAAAGAAGAGGUGAAGCCAAUACUGUGAGGCUUACUGUGCCCAUACAGGCCAGGGCAUUAGAACAGCCAUAGUCAUGGCCAGAUUUAUUUCUGUAUCAUGUAUAUAAAGUUGUUUCUUCCAAGAAGUGGGAGUGCUGGUCUAAAUACCAUAGGAACACACAAGCUGCUUCAUCAUGGGAGCUGUAGUAGCUGACGAUGGUCCAUCUGGUGUUAAAGCCCCUGAUGGAGGCUGGGGCUGGGCUGUCCUUUUUGGCUGUUUUAUCAUCACAGGAUUCUCCUAUGCCUUUCCUAAGGCAGUUAGCGUCUUCUUUAAAGAACUUAUCCGGGAAUUUGGCAUUGGAUAUAGUGACACUGCAUGGAUUUCCUCCAUUCUGCUGGCCAUGCUUUAUGGAACAGGUCCACUUUGUAGUGUAUGCGUCAAUCGCUUUGGUUGUCGCCCUGUCAUGCUGGUGGGUGGCCUUUUUGCCUCAAUGGGGAUGGUGAUAGCUUCCUUCUGCACAAGCAUCAUUCAGAUCUAUCUAACUGCAGGUGUGAUUACCGGUUUGGGUUUGGCACUAAACUUUCAGCCUUCACUCAUCAUGUUAAACCGUUACUUUGACAAACGCCGGCCCUUAGCCAAUGGGCUAUCUGCUGCUGGGAGUCCAGUGUUUCUUUGUGCUCUCUCACCGUUGGGGCAGAUACUACAACAUGAGUACGGUUGGAGAGGAGGAUUUCUUAUCCUGGGUGGGAUGCUGCUCAACUGCUGUGUAUGCGGAGCAUUAAUGAGACCUUUGGAGCCACCCAAAAAGUCUGAAGCUACCAAAGAGCCAGCUGAGAAGAAAGUAAAGAAAAAACUUCUGGAUUUCAGUGUGUUUAAAGACGGUGGUUUUGUAAUCUAUGCUCUAGCAGCAUCUAUCAUGGUGCUUGGCCUCUUUGUUCCCCCGGUUUUUGUUGUGAGUUAUGCCAAGGAUUUAGGGUCUCAAGACACCAAAGCAGCUUUUCUUCUGACUAUUCUGGGAUUCAUUGAUAUCUUUGCUCGGCCGAUCUGUGGAAUGGUAGCUGGUCUUAAAUGGGUUAGACCACGCUGUGUCUACCUCUUCAGUUUUGCUAUGAUUUUUAAUGGCUUUACAGAUCUUAUGGGUUCUAUGUCUGUUGAUUAUGGUGGACUGGUGGUCUUUUGUAUUUUCUUUGGCAUUUCUUAUGGAAUGGUAGGUGCUCUUCAGUUUGAAGUUCUCAUGGCUAUUGUUGGUACGCAGAAGUUUUCCAGUGCUAUCGGUUUAGUGCUCCUGGCAGAAGCUAUGGCUGUUCUGAUUGGUCCACCGUCAGCAGGAAAACUCCUGGAUGCAACGGGGAGGUACAUGUUUGUUUUCAUUAUUGCUGGAAUUGAAGUUACCACCUCAGCCCUUGUAUUGGCCUUGGGAAAUUUCUUCUGCAUUAAGAAAAAAUCAGAAGAACCACAUACAAAAGAAGAAGCAGCAGAAAGAGAGGAAUUAAACAAAUCUGAAAACAAAUCUCCUGAAGAUGCCAAGGUGGACUCUAUUGAAGUGGAGCAGUUUCUGAAAGAUGAGCCUGAAAAAAACGGUGAAGUUGUAACUAACCCAGAAACAUGCGUGUGAGCAUGACAAGGAACCGCAAAGUGUUUAGAAAAGAAAGAUUUUCAACGCUAUUUAUUUUAGAAACAGAAAUAGUUUAGGGCUGGGCCAUCAGCUUUAGUAACCGGGGGCUAGUCAGCUCAUCAAGUUUCUUUGGAAGCUGAUUAGCUAGACAACAUCUUACUGGAAAAUUAGCUUUAUCAGUAAUAGGUGGAGCAUUGUGGUUAUACAUUUUAUGUGAACUAAAAAGCUUUUAUGAACACAAGUAGGCUCUUGCUAUGCAUCACCAGAAACUGCUCACUUGGAAGCUAUAGGAAACAUAUAUUCUAAGAAAAGUGGAAUUAUAUGUAUGUUCUCAGACUAUUGAUGAAAUCGCUGUGUUGUGUGGCUAAACAUAAUUUCCCUGUGUUCUCAGUGAAGGGAAAAGAGCUUGAGAUGGAUAAAAAUCUCAGGAACUUAAAGGUCUCCAUUAGGUUUUUGAAUUUCUUACCUUUUUAGACUUUUUAGAGCAAUUGGCUCAGCCCUAACUUAAUUUUGAUAAUAUCUGUAACUUUGAUUUAUGUAAAUGCAUUUCUGCCUAAACCUGUAACCUUUGCAAUUAUCAUCUGGAAAGCCUGUUUUUGGAAAGGCACAUUACAGAUAGUGUCCUCAGCAGAUCACACAAGUGGUAUUCUGAGGUGGUACUAAAAGAAAAAAAAUGAGCAGAAUGGAUCCUGACAAACCGUAAGCAAACAAAAUUAGCCCACAAUUCCACAUGCUGUUUUCAGUAAAAUUUUCCUAGAGCACUGAAAAAUAUUACAACUAAUAUGGAGAAGAUGAUUAGGUUUAGUAGAACAAGGAGAAGAUGAUUAUUAGGUUUAUUAGAAUAUUCUGAAGAAGUGUCCCUUUUGCUUAUAAAAGAAAUGGUGCAAGUUUCCAGAUGACCUAUAGAGUGGGUAGACUUAGGGAGGAAACAUGAGUCAUCCAUAAAAUGCAAUGUUAGCAUCACAGGAAGGUUUUAACAUGUUUGGUUUUGAUUUUUUUUCUUCCCCAUUUAUCUCACUUCCCUGCCUUUUGCAUAAUCUAUGGAAGUUCGAAGUGCCAUUCAAAGUGCUGGUUGAGGAAACAUGAUGGAACUGUUCAUCAUAUUUAUGACAGCAUGGUACUGAAUAGAAAAGGAAGGCAAAAGGAAGGCAUUCUAUUUCUUUUUUCACCCAAAACCACUCCAGAAAUGUAGUUUUUUUUAAUACAAAACCAUGCUAACUGCAGCCCACCUCUCAGACCUGCUUAUAAAAGACUGUCUAGGUUUUGUAACUGCAGUCACAAUCUUUAAAGCAGACUAACUGUAACAGUUUUCUUAGUAGUAGCAAAGCAAUAUUGGCUUUCAAGUGCCAAAAUUGUUCCGCUUAAUAACUGAAAACUAAAAGACCCUAAUCCCUUAAAACCCUGUAUCCCCUUUAAAUUAACAUCAUUGUUUCAUACUUUACCAUUUUUAACAGAAACAAAGUGCCAAAACCAUGAACCAUUCUCUAACGAAAUAUCUCAGAUACCGGCUUCCAUAUUUGUAGUUUCUUUAAAAUGAUUUUGCAUUGUUAGGACAACCUUGCACAGAAAUUGGAAAGUUAGAAUAGUAACUUUUAAAAGAAAUGGAUGCUUCACAGAAUAAACUGUUUGUUUUUAUAUCCUA